AUGCUCGACAAACGUUUCAAACUGGACUGUCAAAGGGCAGGAGUAACAAUUCGAACCCCUCCUGCAUGCCGUUUUGAUAGUGUCCUCAGGCAAAGGCAUGUACAGUUGCUUGGCCGUUCUAUUGAUCUGAAUCGUUUGAUUUCUCAACGGAUUAGCAUAGCGCUACUGAAAGCUCUUGAUACAGCCAUAUGGAUGUUUGAAAGUGCGGAGCUUUCUAGUAUUGUGGAACUGGAUUUUCUAAUAGAAACCAACCGACUAUGUCACUCACUUUUGAGGGAAAGGCUCUUCUCCGUUCCAGAUUUCAACGAUCUUCUACUUGAGGCAAAUCACAACGUGUCUGCACCACAUGGACGAAUAACAUUGCAUGUAUUCUGGGAACUGAAUUAUGAUUUCGUUCCGAAUUUCGUUUACAACGGGUCUACCCACCGCUUCGUCCGUGCCAAGCUCGUUGAAAAGAAGCCGCAAGUUUCUUUCAUCUAUUUAUGGGGAUCGAAGUCUCUGAAUGCUGCUUUCGCAAACAUAUUCUUCUCCUACUCCCGCUUCAUUGGAAUGCCGCACCUGAAGGCGAUUGCACGACUAUUGCAGUAUCAAGGCAUUGCUGUAAUCCUGGAAGAGCUCUUGAAAAUGGCACGAUUAUUAAUCUCUGACAAACUGAAACGUCACUUGAGAACAAUCUACUCUGUGAUGCCGAAAGAUCUACGCGAACUAGGCAAUAUCAUACUCUUUUGCCAUCAACUGGAGUCAGGUAUGGCUCAAGAGGAGGUGCAGGAUCUACUCGCAGCAGCUGCUUUUACUAAUGUGAUUCCGAAGCCUCCUGCUAAAAGUUUGUUUCUCUAG